UGUGUGUGUGUCCCUACAGAUGAAGACAGUGAGUGUUGCUCUGGUUCUGUGUCUCAAUGUGGGAGUGGACCCCCCUGAUGUGGUCAAGACAUCCCCCUGUGCCAGGCUGGAGUGUUGGAUAGAUCCUCUGUCAAUGAGUCCACAAAAAGCCCUGGAGACCAUUGGGGCAAACUUGCAGAAGCAGUACGAAAACUGGCAGCCCAGGGCACGCUACAAACAGAGUCUGGACCCCACAGUGGACGAAGUGAAGAAACUUUGCACGUCACUGAGACGCAACGCCAAAGAGGAGAGAGUCCUCUUCCACUACAACGGCCAUGGAGUUCCACGGCCCACCGUCAACGGGGAAAUCUGGGUUUUUAACAAGAAUUACACACAAUACAUCCCGCUGUCCAUCUACGACCUGCAGACGUGGAUGGGGAGCCCGUCCAUUUUCGUUUACGACUGCUCCAACGCGGGAAUUAUCGUCAAGUCGUUUAAGCAGUUCGCCCUGCAGAGAGAACAGGAGCUGGAGGUUGCGGCCAUCAAUCCCAGCCACCCACUCGCACAGAUGCCGCUUCCGCCCUCCAUGAAGAACUGCAUCCAACUGGCUGCGUGCGAGGCAAACGAGCUGCUGCCCAUGAACCCGGACCUCCCUGCUGACCUGUUCACCUCCUGCCUCACCACACCCAUCAAAAUCGCACUUCGAUGGUUCUGUAUGCAGAAGAGUGCCAAGUUGGUGCCAGGGGUGACGUUAGACCUCAUUGAGAAGAUCCCUGGCAGGCUCAACGACAGACGCACGCCCCUCGGAGAGCUCAACUGGAUCUUCACCGCCAUCACCGACACCAUCGCGUGGAACGUGCUGCCCAGAGAUCUGUUCCAGAAGUUGUUUCGUCAGGACUUGCUGGUGGCCAGCUUGUUUCGCAAUUUCCUGCUUGCGGAGAGGAUAAUGAGGUCGUACAACUGUACACCAGUCAGCAGCCCCCGCCUGCCCCCCACAUACAUGCACGCCAUGUGGCAAGCCUGGGACUUGGCCGUGGACAUCUGCCUCUCUCAGCUGCCUACCAUCAUCGAGGAGGGCACCGCCUUCAGACAUGAUCAAAUAGCGUGGGGCGAGCAGCCAAUCAGGUGGCCUGCCGCGGCAGAAGAGACCACAGAGACGCACAGUCCGUUCUUCGCAGAGCAGCUCACGGCGUUUCAGGUCUGGUUGACCAUGGGUGUGGAGAACAGAAACCCUCCUGAGCAGCUCCCUAUAGUGCUGCAGGUUCUCCUGAGUCAAGUGCAUCGGCUGAGGGCUCUGGACCUGCUCGGGCGGUUCCUGGAUUUGGGGCCCUGGGCCGUCAGUCUGGCCCUGUCUGUUGGGAUCUUCCCAUAUGUGUUAAAGCUGCUCCAGAGUUCAGCCAGGGAGCUGCGGCCGCUGCUGGUGUUCAUCUGGGCCAAAAUCCUGGCUGUGGACAGUUCAUGUCAAGCUGACCUGGUGAAAGACAACGGACACAAGUAUUUCCUGUCUGUGUUAGCCGACAGCUACAUGCCUGCGGAACAUCGUACCAUGGCCGUUUUCAUUUUGGCUGUCAUCGUCAACAACUACAACACAGGCCAGGAGGCCUGUCUCCAGGGUAACCUGAUCGCCAACUGCCUGGAGCAGCUUUCUGACCCCCACCCGUUGCUCCGACAGUGGGUGGCGAUCUGCCUGGGCCGGAUCUGGCAGAACUUUGAACCGGCGCGCUGGUGCGGCGUCCGAGACAGCGCUCAUGAGAAGUUGUACACGCUGCUGUCGGAUCCCAUCCCCGAGGUAAGAUGUGCUGCCGUGUUUGCUCUGGGAACAUUUGUUGGAAACUCUGCGGAGAGGACCGACCACUCCACCACCAUCGACCACAACGUGGCCAUGAUGCUGGCUCAACUCAUCAACGACGGCAGCCCCGUGGUCCGCAAGGAGCUGGUGGUGGCCCUGAGUCACCUGGUGGUCCAGUACGAGAGCAACUUCUGCACAGUCGCCCUCCAGUUCAUAGAAGAAGAGAAGAACUACGCCGUGCCAUCGCCAGCCAACGCUGCAGAACCCGGCAACAUGACUCCAGUGAGAGACAGCCCGGCCAUCCCUCGUCUGCGAUCCGUCAAUUCUUACACCAACAUCCGAGCGGUAACGACCGCCCGCAAUCUGAACAAAAGUCUACAGAACCUCAACCUGAAUGAAGAAGGCGGCCCAGCAGCCUUUUCUCCUGGUAACCUGAGCACCAGCAGCAGCGCCAGCAGCACGCUGGGGAGCCCCGACAACGACGAGUACAUCCUCUCGUUUGAGACCAUCGACAAGAUGCGGCGGGUUUCUUCAUAUUCCUCCCUAAACUCCCUUAUAGGUGUGUCCUUCAACAGUGUUUACACUCAGAUAUGGAGAGUGCUGCUCCACCUAGCUGCAGAUCCGUUCCCAGAAGUUUCAGAUUUGGCCAUGAAAGUACUCAAUAGCAUCGCAUACAAGGCAACCAUGAAUGCCAGACCCCAGCGGAUCCUGGACUCUGGAUCUCUGACUCAGUCGGCGCCGGCCAGUCCCACCAGCAAAGGCACGCACAUCCAUCAGGCAGGCGGCUCUCCGCCCAUGCCCAGUACCAGCAGCUCCAGUCUGACCAAUGAAGUCCCCAAGCCCCCAACCAGAGAGCAGCCAGCAACACGGCCGCCCUACACCCCAACGCUGGGAGGACAGGCACCCCACUCACACCAGUUCCCCCGCACACGCAAGAUGUUUGACAAGGGACCAGAACAGGCAGCUGAAGACGGUGAGGAGCCGGGUGGUCACAGGAACUACGUGAGUCUGGCCCUGCAAACAGGACUGUGUGACUGGAGUGCCAAGUACUUCGCUCAGCCUGUCAUGAAGAUCCCAGAGGAGCACGACCUGGAGAGCCAGGUUAGGAUGGAGCGGCAGUGGAGGUUCCUGAGAAACGCUCGUGUUAGAAGACAGAGUCGCGUCAUCACACAAAGAGGCAUUUCCCGUCUAGACGAUCAAAUAUUCAUCAACCGUAACCCGGGAGUGCCAUCUGUUGUGAAGUUUCACCCCUUCAACACCUGCAUCGCUGUGGCCGACAAGGACAGCAUCUGUUUCUGGGACUGGGAGAAGGGUGAGAGGCUGGACUACUUCUACAACGGGAACCCUCGUUACACCCGGAUCACUGCCAUGGAGUACCUGAACGGACAUGACUGUUCGUUACUGCUCACUGCGACAGAUGACGGAGCGCUGCGUGUCUGGAAGAACUUUGCUGACCAGAAGAACCCAGAGAUGGUAACGGCGUGGCAGGGCCUCUCCGACAUGCUGCCAACCACCAGAGGUCAGCCCUCCUCCAGCACCCACAGUCUCGCCAGAAGGGUUUCCAUCUAUCUUGACAGAAGCAAACAAGGAGGAGCUGGGAUGGUCGUGGACUGGGAACAGGAAACUGGUUUGCUCAUGACUUCGGGAGACGUGAGAGUCAUUCGGAUCUGGGACACGGACAGGGAGAUGAAGGUCCAGGACAUCCCGACUGGAGCCGACAGCUGUGUGACCAGCCUGUCCUGCGACUCCCAGCGCUCGCUCAUCGUUGCAGGUCUGGGUGACGGAUCGGUGCGCGUCUUCGAUCGCAGGAUGGGCCCCAGCGAAUGUCGAGUGAUGACCUACAGGGAACACGGAGCCUGGGUGGUUAAAGCUCACCUGCAGAAGGAGACGGAUGGGAACAUUAUUAGUGUCAGUGUCAACGGAGACGUUCGCUUCUUUGAACCGCGGACGCCAGACUCGAUUAAUGUGCUGCAGACUGUAAAGGGAUUAACGGCUUUGGACAUCCACCCACAGGCCAACCUCUUCGCCUGUGGAUCGAUGAACCAGUUCAUAGCCGUCUACAACACUAACGGCGACGUGAUCAGCAAUAUAAAGUACUACGAUGGCUUCAUGGGACAGAGGAUCGGUGCUAUCAGCUGUUUAGCUUUCCAUCCAUACUGGCCCCACUUGGCUGUGGGAAGCAACGACUACUACAUGUCCAUCUAUUCAGCAGAGAAGAGGCUUAGAUAACACACCAGCACAGCUCCUCUCCCUCCCACCUCCACCUUCUAACCCUGUGCCUCGCGCACUGGGAUGUAAAGGAUGUUUUCUUUUGUUUUGUUUUUUUUUGUUGUUUUUUUUUUGUACAUAUGCAAUUCACCACCGUGAAUGUUCAAGUGAUGGCUGCUGACAAAAACUCAAUGCUACCAUGUCUCUAUACAUACAUAUAUAUAUAUAUAUAUAUAUAUAAAAAUAUAUAUAUAUAUAAUUAUUGUUAUUAUUAUGAUUGUUUAUUCAUAUUCUUAUUAUGAGGCUAAUGAUUGUAGACUUGGCUGUGCUGAGGAGUUUGUGUGUAUAUAAUUAGCAGAAGAAGAAGAGGUUCUAUUUUAAAGAAGUUCUACCCCUGGAUGCCUGCAGCUCCUCCUGGCUGCACAGCGAGCAUCACUACCUGAAUGAACUGUGACCCGACUCCCACACCAGCCCACGGUGGGGUCACACACUGUUGAGACAGGACGCAUGGACUGAGCCCCUCCCUUCACACACACACACACACACACACACACACACACACACCUCCCUGCGCUGGACCCUUGUGUUUAUGUGUUGCAGGUUCACUGCAAAGAGAAGCAGCUUUAAUCCGGAAGUGAUGGACUGUGCUUGUUGUUAUGAGGGAUUAUUUUUCUGUGUGUGUGUUGUUAUAGCACAGAUGUGCCCCACAGUGGGCCCUCAUAGCCCAAAACCACAGCGGACCCCCUGUGUGCCAAACAUAGUCAGAAUCCUCCACCUCUUUAUUGCAGCAGUAAAAUUGAUUUAUCCUUUUUUUUUUGUUUUUGUUUUUUAAUUGAGUGAAAACAUGCAUCUCCUCCCAGAGAACACAGCAGCACCCACCUGGAGGCUGAUUGGCUCGCUUCCCUGGUUACCACCCAAAGCAAUAAGGCUGCUCCUGCUGCAGCUCGGCAAUACAAACACUUAGUUUGAUCGUUUCCACCAGCAGAGCGUCGGGCAGGUUCUUCUGCUUCCGUCAGAGACAGGAAGGACAUCGGAUGUUGUCACUAUCUAAACUCUGCUGAUCAACGUAAACAAAUACCAUCCGAAGAGAAGCUAGAAAACAAGCUUUGCAUAAGUACUGAAAUACCACUUUCUCUUCUCGCUCUGGCAGGAUUUUAUAUUAAUUUAUUUAUUAUUUUCAGCUCCAGCUUCCUUUGCAUCGAUCAUGUGUCGGAGAGCUUGCGGCCUGUUUCGUGUUAGCUGCCUGCUCGUCUCCACGUCAGUCUGUGCUUUAGUCGGCACCCUUGAUUUCACUCAGGAAUCUAAAGAACCCACCUCAAACGGCUGACCUCAGAGCAGUGAGGAUGCUCAGGUUAGUCACGCGUUAUUGAGAUGAGUGUCACUGUGGUGCAUUUAGGGUAUGGCUCUGAGGUUCGGUUUUUGUCCUGUGCGUGCCCUACCACCAACAACGUGCCUCUUCCUCCGGGCCGCAGCUUUGCCUUCUUAGCUUCUUCUUUUUAAGUAUUACCUUUCUGUUCUUGUAAUUUAUGUUUUUAAGUGCUUCCUUUUGCAUCUUAUUUGCCUCAGCCUCGCCCGCUCAGACGCUACCCCGCCCCCUCCUGCGUCACAUGACUGUAAGUUUGUCCUUUCCCUGUAAAAGUCACCGCUUGGAGCCAGCGGUCCGGACCACCACAGCACCGUGCCGCUUCAGCGCUGUUUGGUUCACUUCAGCAGGCAUCAACAGACCAGAACCACAUUCAACUAAAGUUAUCCUGCUUUGAGUUUUAAGAUUUUAGACUUUGGGGGGGGGGGGAGAGACUUUAACACAGUAGUAAGAAAGGAAAAGUGAAAACAAUCAGGUUUGUCUCUGUGACUGUAGACGCCUUCACUGACUGUGGUUUAUCAAACAAGAGAUGAAAUCAAUGAAAUAAACCAAAUACAACACCUGA